AUGUUGCUUGAAAAUGACACGUUUCUUACAGAGCUUACAAAACUGUUCAGUAAAGGAAAGACUACCGGCUCAGUUGUCAUGACAAUGAAAAGAUAUGAUGGACGAAACAAGCCUAAACCAAGAACUGGAAAUAUUGUAGAACCCAUUGAAUAUAAGUGUCUGGUGCGUGCCACACUUGGAAACAAAAAAAUCACAACUGUGAUAAACCACAAAGAUGUAACAAAGUUUCAAAUGGCAUAUGGUAAUCUAUUGAAAGCAAACAUGGAUGGACUGAAGAAGAAAGACAAAAAAGCUGCUAGAGGAAGGAAGAAAACAAAAGCAACUCAGUAA